AUGUCUGCUGUGAAUGAGUCGGGAUACCAAGGACCAACCAUCACGAAUACAGCCUCACGACACAACAAGAACAAGAACAAGAAGCAAACACCCACCGCGGCACCCCUCCAAUUCCACGGCGGCGGCAUGAUAAUGGGAAGCGCCGCCGAGCAAAAACUCAUACCGCAGACACUCGUCCACCUCUCCCGAGUCCCGAUCUUCGACGUCGAGUACCGCCUUGCAUCCUCCGGGUACAUACAUCGAGGUUGGAAUGCUGGAUGUCUUCCGUACGAGUGCGUGGUCUAUGCGUCGAAGCUGGCAGGGGCGGGCGUGCAGACGAAGUUCCAUUUCCCAUGUGGGCUGGGGUGCCGCAUGGAAUAA